AUGUCUUACAAAAGUAACAAAAGCAGUAACAGUCGGUAUAGUAGCAAAACGGACUAUAACUACACAGCGGCUGGUAACGAAACAGAUUCUGAUGAACUGGAAGAAUUAGAAGUAGCACACCUACAAGAAGCUUCUCGACUGUACAAAAGUUUUCCAUCUAUCAGCGAUAAUAUCAGAUUAAAAAAGAAGAAAGAUGCGCCAGUGACUUACUCCUCGCCAUACUACUGCCAAGAAGUAGGUCCUCAAUUAGACUUGGGAUAUCAAUGGCCCAUGUACGGCCAAAGCAUGUUUCAAGGGCAGGAUAGCAAGAAAAAAAGUGGAUUUAUACAUUUACGAACAUCAUCAGAUCAUGCACAAAGACAAAAGCUUGUAGAUCGAGUUUUGUUGAGCAGAAAAAGACAACUUGAGCAACAAAAGAAUAGCAGACUUAUACUUUCGAUGACCACUCAACUCGGAGAAACUUUCCAAAAGCAUAAUCCAAAGCGAUUCAAUAACGAAAGGGUCAGCAAAGCAAUACCAAAAAGAAUAUUGACCAAGCCCAGUAAAGCAGUUCGAAAUGAGGAAAACGACAAUGAAAACCAUGACUAUAUUUUGAAAGUGAAUGAAAUACUAGGCCAUGACCCAAAUUAUCAAUAUAGAGUGAUAGAUCUUUUAGGUCAAGGCACGUUUGGCCAGGUUGUUAAAUGUCAACGUGUUUCUACAGGUGAAUUGUUUUCCGUCAAAUUAAACAAACAAUUGGAUCCCAAUGACGAACAUCAUAUCCUACGUCUGCAUCAUGUUUUUUCACAUAAAAAUCAUCUCUGUUUGGUAUUCGAAUUGCUUUCUUACAACCUGUAUGACUUGAUCGGUCAUAAUCGAUAUCGAGGUUUUCCAGUAGAGAAAGUCAGGGCAUUUGCUGUACAAAUAUUAGAUACAUUGUGCUUGCUUAAAAAAGCCAAAAUUAUUCACUGCGACCUCAAGCCUGAAAAUAUAUUACUUGUCAAUGAAAAAUCUUUAACUAUCAAAGUGAUUGAUUUUGGAUCCUCUUGUCAUGAAGCGAAUAGAAUCUAUACAUAUAUACAAUCGAGAUUUUAUAGAUCGCCUGAAGUUAUCUUGGGAAUGCGGUAUACAAGCGCUAUUGAUAUGUGGUCUUUUGGUUGCAUCGUGGCAGAAUUGUACUUGGGCUUACCGUUAUUUCCAGGUAGUUCAGAGUACAAUCAACUCUUUCGAAUUGUGGAAACACUAGGUAUUCCCUCCAAGGAUAUGUUGAGCAAAGGCAGGAAUACCGGUGUUUAUUUUAAUAGAAUACAAGUAGGACCGGACAGCUAUGAAUAUGAGCUUAAAUCUCGCGAGCAAUAUAGUCAGGAAAAUAAUAAGAAUGAGCUUCCACGCAAAAAAUAUUUCCCUCAAACCAAGCUACGAGAUAUUAUUCUCGACUUCAAUAAUGGAAAGCCCAGGCUUACGAAAGAAGAAGAAAGAAGGAGACGCAGUAGUGGGUCUCAUUAUUAUCCUAGAGAAGAACACGAUCGACAGAAAGAGCUCGAAGGAAGAUUAUGCAUUUUAGACUUCCUCUAUGGUGUCUUGGAAUUGAACCCACUGAAGCGAUGGACACCGCAUCAAGCGUUACAACAUCCAUUCAUCACACAGAAGCCAUUCACGGGCCCUUUCAUUCCGGACCAUCAGAUCGUGAACCGACCUUUUGUACCGACGAAAAGCAUUUCUUCUACAGCAGAAUCCAUGGGCAAACCCACUGCACCUGAGCAGCUUCGCGUGAUCGCUCAGCAAAUCCAAGUGCCUAUCACGAAAUAUCCUAAAGAGGAAGAUCAAGCGCAACAAAAACGUACGGUUGAAAAUAAAGAAGUCCAACUGGAGACUUUAUCAGGUGUUUUUCGUCAACGGAAUACACGAUCUCAAGGUGACUAUAUUGGUUUAUUACCGCCUGAAACUCUUGACAGGCAACAGCCGUCAAAAGGAAAAAUGAGCAAUAGAAAGAUCACCAUAUCAUCUCAAAUACGCGUUAGGACAGGCUCUCAUGAUUCAAUGCGUGUUCCGCCUUCAGACGGUGAAACUGUUCAGCGCAGAGCUGGAAACAAUUCCUUUGCAGCUAAUGUGAGAAAAGCUCAUGCAGGUGAAGCGGCUGGUGGUUUAUUGAUGAUGCGACAAGAUGACGAUGAGGCGAAUGAUAGGCAUGGUGCGGAAAAAGCUGCGAAUGGGGAACCCAAUGCAGCCACUUCAACAUGCAUCCAUCAGAGUAAAAGAAGCGGCCGUAUCGGCGGUAUAAAUGCAUUUAGAUUCUUUAAAUAA